AUGUCUACGGCAUUUCAAACAAUGCCCACAUUCACAUCAGUGAUCAGUGCGGUGCCCAGUAUUGCCGCGAUGGCACCCCAAUUGGCACAACAUGUCAAACAGGAAAAGGGAGUCAUCGGUCAAUGCUUAAUAUGCGGCGAACCCUCCACAGGCAAACAUUAUGGAAUAGUGGCGUGCCUUGGAUGCAAAACGUUUUUUCGCAGAGCAGUCGUCCAACGACAAGACACCGAGUGUAAACGAGAAAAGGCUUGUGACACAACGACGAUGGCACGGAAAGCGUGCCGCGCGUGUCGGUAUCGGAAGUGUUUGGAGAGUGGGAUGAGUAAAGAAGCCCUCCAACCGCGUCGUGAUCUCAUCGGAUGCCGUCGUAUCCGUUCCCGCCCCAGCUGCUCCAACUCGACACCAACACCCCCACGACCUCAAGUUGAGGAUAAGACUCAGUAUUUGACACUUUUGGAUAAUUUGACAACUAUUGAUGAUAGGUUACGAAAAAAGAAGCUGGAAGUGGUCGCCUCCCGACAAGCCGCCAUUGACCUGUCAAAGCUAACAAAACAAGGAUGCAUGAGUGCCACCGACACCUCGGGACCGUCCACCUCCCGAUAUGUACCCGGCGGCACCUCUCCCUCUUGUGGUGACCAUAAAAUGAUGGUCAUGCUCGGAACAGACAUCUCCGUCGCCACUCAAACCGAACUUCUCAUGAUGCUCGAAUGGACGCGAACGCUGCCAGUAUUUGCCAACUUACCAGUACAGGAUCGUACAGUAAUAUUGAAAAGAUUUGCUGUACACUGCCUGAUUCUGGAACACGGAUACUAUACGGCACAGGCGAAUAUCGACGACGUUUGGUUGAUCACAAAUGGAACGUGUAUGCCGAGAAAUGUCGAGAAGUUGGAGGAGGGGAGUAGAAUUUCCGUGUCCGCUGAUCGUCGAUGGCGUCAGGAGAAGCUGUACAAACAGAUGACCGAUUGUUGUAUUGACGAAGUGGCGACACCCCUCAGAAAUCUGAAAUUAAGCCCUCAAGAGAUUGUGGUCAUCAAGAUUAUUGUGCUUUUUAAUUGCGGUUGCUCCUCAGAUUACUCCGAAAUCACAGAAGCGUCUCGCCGAGUCGUUCUGACAUUCCGAAAUAAAGUGAUCUCCGCCCUUUUCGCGUAUUAUGAAAGUGUUGGUCUCGAAAAUUAUGCUGAAAGAUUCGGAAAUUUAGUGUUGAUGUUGUCGGGCGUGUCUUCCGCAGCAUCGACCAUGUUGGAGGCGUAUCAGGUGAUGCGUCUCUUCAAAAUCACUCCAUUCGAUCCGCUCUCUCAGGAAUUGUUGUUCAACAUCUAG